UAUUUGGUUGCGCAGCAUGUCCUUGACUUCCUACGAGAGGUGAGGGCCGAAAGUAAAACGCUGGGAGGUCACUUGGAUAACUGAAUUGAAGGAGAAUUUCUUACCAUGGGCUUCGUUCCGGAACUUGGGAAGUCUCUCCCUCCUCCGUCCAUCGCCAACCGGAAUUCGGUGUGGCUGGCCGGCGUAGGCUGGUGCUCCGCGAUGCUGCACAAUGCCAUUAACCACAGGCCACCGCUAAAAUCAGGGGUCCACCGGCAAUUCCUAUUGGCAACCAUUGGUUGGUUCAUCGGCUACCACGUUUCAAAAUAUGAAAAUUACACUUAUGCCAAGCUCGAUCGAGACAUGAACGAGUACGUCAGACUUCACCCAGAGGAAUUUCCAGCAAAGGAAAAAAAGACCUUUGCAGAGAUCGUCGAGCCUUUCCAUCCCGUGCGCUAAGUGUAGGUGGCUGCUGAGAUGGAGGAGAGUGAGAGAGGACAUUUGUAGACUACCUGUUUUGAGCAGUCUUUCUGGGAAAUCUGUCAUUUGUGUGGAGAAGAGUAGUUAUGUAAAUAAAAUAAAUACCUGAAUACAACAACAAA